GGAGUUCCGUUUGGUGAGUGACAGCUCGUUACCUGCUUUGUCCGUCUAGUGCGGCUCUCGUUGUCAGCGCGGUCAGGCUGUCGGUCACGUUUAUUAAUGCAGGUGACCGUCGAGCGCAUCGAGCCGAGCGGCGGCUCUACCGGCCCGAACUAUCUGCACGCUUUUCCGGACCGAAGUUUUCGUUGUGGUUUAGAGUUCGAGAAGUCUCGGCUUGACUCGGAGCGAAUACUUCAAUGGAAGAAGACAAGAGCAGCUCAGGACAGCAUGAGUCCGGUUCGAGAGAGGAGGGAUGACAGUUUAAAGAAAAAGCUGCUCAAUGAACCCGACAAAAGCAUCAAUUCAGUGCCUGCCCCGUUCACCAGGAGUGUCAGCAGGGUACUAAAAAGUGGCCUCAGUGUCUCAUCAUGUGGUCAGUCAUCUACUCCUGUGAGUCACCUCCCGUCCCGCUCAGGAAGUCCAGGCACUGGUCCUGGGCUCUCCACAGAGCACAGCUCCAUCUGCUCAUGGAGAUAUGAUGAGUUUGAACGGGCGAAUACACAGCAUGUGCGGCAGCUCUUUAACUCUGUGGAUGAGCUUCUGUAUGAGGGGAGAGUCAGCAGCCGCUCAGAGUCUCUGCAGGAGGAGUGUGAGGAGUGGAAUGGACACACUCCACAUCUCAGGUAUACAGCUCUUUUAAGUGAUGGAUGGUUUGUGAAUGGAGAAACCUGA